AUGUUGUCUGUCGGAGCAAGCACAACUACAUCUGAGGACAGUUUCAUAACACCAGUAUCUUCGGUGGGUGACCUAAUGACGAUGUCUCCUAAGCGGUGUAAUGAUGUGUCGGAACAGAGGAACGAGACCAGCGACCUCUUAACAGGAUCAGACUUCGAUAGCAUUUGUGAUGUAACUAUGAAAGAGGUACCAAUGUCUGACGAUAUGUUUAUUGAUGCCACAAGUUUGGACUAUCUCGUCAAAUGUGCCGAGUCAAAUCGCAACCAUAACCACAUAGAUCGUGGCAAGGAAAGUUUGUUUGUGAAGUUCGAUCCUCUGUAUGCACGUCAAAAGCUAGAAGAUGCCAGCUCUGUUAAUACUGAAUCUGCAGUAGACUCCUCCGAGUGUGAUGUGGGAUAUGAAACAGGCAGCACUGUGUCAAAUACAGAAAACAAUGUCAUUGCACCUAAACACUCACAGUCUACAGGGGCUAUGCCUUCACUAAGCAAACCCAUGCAAGUUGUGCCACCUGUAGUCAACAAUGAAAACUGUAAGACAAGUGGUAGCUGCAAUAAACCUACUCCAGCCCUCAUGCGCAGUGUUUCUGCUAUUUUGACACCCUCAAGGGGGGUGGCCACUGAGAGGCUCAUCAGCAUAUCAGGCAGCACUCCUCCCACAGCUGCACCAAGAAGUCCUCGCUAUCACAAUUUUACCUCACAAGAUGUAGAUCACCUGCAUACUCUGAGAAGUAUUCUUCAAAAACAAGAACAGGAGGUAUUGCAGCUCAGACAACAGAAUAGAGAGCUCAAGUGUACAAUACAGGAUAUGCAACAUGAUCACAACAGGGUAACUGAAGAUCUGACUGCUAAAGUUAAGAAACUGACUGAUGAAAAGGAAAAUUAUUUACAAAAAGAAAAUAAAUUGCUUCAACAAAUCAAUGACAAGAUUUUAAGCAACAAACAAAUGAGUAUUGUCAUGGAGGAGUAUGAGAAGACAAUAUCCUCACUAAUUGAGGAACAACAGCGUGAAAAGGUACUCAACUAUGAGACUCUGGAAAAAGUCACAUCAGAAAGGGAUCAGGCUUUAAACCAUUUGAGUAAUAUGGAGAGUUCUUUCAAUGAUCUCCUUACAAAAUAUGAAAAGUGUAAGAGUGUGAUAUUGGAAACAAAAGAGAGGGAAAAGGUUUAUGAACAGAAAAUGACCGAGUAUCAGGCUGCUGUCAAGAAGUAUGAAGAGUUGUAUGGGAAUUUGAAACAAGUGACUUCUGAGGCACUGACUAAGGCUAAUGAAACACUGGACAACCUCAAAAAGAACUACAACAUUGAAGUAACAAAGUUGAAUGCUACUGUUAAAAAACAUGAAAUUACUAUAGCUUCCUUACAGGAAUCUUUGAUCCAGAAGACUAGAGAUAAUGAGGAAUUAAUGAGGUUAUAUGAUCAGCUCAUUAGUGAAGUGCAUUAA